UCAACGCCAAAAUACGAGGGUUUUAGAGAUUGAAGAUUGGAAACCGCCAAUGAGCCGCUAGAUUGAAUUGGAGCUUUGUCGAAUAGAGCAAAGGGAGACUGUCUGUGAGCUAUCUGGAGACUUUGGCAAUGACCAAUGCCUGUGUCACUAGACUCUGUGUUAUCCACAAUAAAGUAACGACAGUUUAUAUUCCCAAAAGAAAGACGUUUCAGAUCAACUUUUUCAGACCAUUUCCAACCUGCGCAUCAGCAGCAUCAACCGCUCUAGCCUACAACCCCCAAUGGUUGACCGUGACUUGUCAACUGACUCCAUCAGAUGCACCUGCACAACGGUCCGAGGAAUGGUUCGCCCUUCGGAAGGACCGGUUGACCACUAGCACCUUCAGCACUGCUCUUGGCUUAUGGAAAGGAAAGCGCCGGUAUGAGCUAUGGCACGAAAAGGUAUUCCCUUCAGAUGCAGAAUCAACGAUCACACUUGCUUCAAAAAAUGCCAUGGAAUGGGGUGUUCUUAAUGAGUCAACCGCCAUUGAGAAAUACAAAACUAUCACCGGUCGUGAAGUGAGUUCAUUGGGGUUCGCAACACAUUCAGAGGAUAAAUUCGAUUGGAUUGGUGCAUCCCCAGAUGGGCUUCUUGGGUGUUUUCCAAAUGCCGGGAUUCUUGAAGUGAAAUGCCCGUAUAACAAAGGAAGACCCGAGUCAGCUAUGCCUUGGGCAACUAUGCCCUUCUAUUAUAUGCCUCAAGUUCAGGGUCAAAUGGAAGUUAUGGACAGAGAUUGGGUCGAUUUGUAUUGCUGGACGGCAAAUGGGAGCACUAUAUUUCGUGUCUGUAGAGAUCAAGAAUACUGGAAGCUAAUUCACGAGAUUUUAAGAGAAUUUUGGUGGGAAAAUGUGGUUCCGGCUAAAGAAGCUUUGUUGAUUGGGAGUACGGAGGAGGCUAAGAAGUAUGAACCAACAUCAACGCAUAAACUAACGGGAUUAGUGAUUCAUAAGAGCCUAAAAUUGGCCGGUGAGUCGAAGCUUUUGUGUAGAGAAGUUGCAGGGAAUGUCGAAUUUUUAUGAGGUAAUCCCCUCAAAUUAUUUGUUUUUAAAGUUACAUACUUUGGCACAACCAUAUGUUCAUCGUCUACGUUAGCUUAUUAUAUCUAUAAUUAUAUUACCUUAUAUUCAUUUCUAGUAAUUCUUGAAACAUGAUUUCAUAUG